AUGUCGCAGUUCGCACCCAAGCGAAGUUGCCAGAAGGAGGAUGACCUAGUUUGGGCACGCGGACCAUCAAAAGGUGCGAAGCAUCAUGUCAGCAAGAGGAUGAGUGCGAAAGUCUCAUCAAAAUGUGACAAAAAUGGUCCGGAAAGAUGGGCGGGCCUUAAAUGGACUGGAUCGGAUCAGGCUCAGUCUGCAUUUGUUGGCUCAUCGGAGUCACUCAAGCUUUUCUUUAUGGCGGAUGUUUAUUCAAUCGAUGUUCACCAAGAGUUCGACACCCUUUGCUCGUCAUUGAAAGGCAGCGAUUUGCUCGAACUGCAGAUCCUGCAGAUUGUUCAGCUCUACGCACAUCAUCUGCACACGGCCGAAUCCGAACAACACCAACUCAUGUAUGCCGAGGAAUGCGGCGAAGAAGUGACGGCGUUGAUCGAUCAGAAGAUGCCUGGAUAUGAAGUCGACGAGCAUGAGCUGUAUUUCCACCGGAUGCGCGAGUGUCUCGAGCUGGAGCAGCUCAUCGACGAAUGUCCGGAAGCCGAAAAGGAGUAUCGUCGAAAAGAAUGGCUCCUCGAGAUUUUCAGCGACGAUGUCUCGGAUGUUGAUUUAUCCGAUUCUGAGGAAUACGACGAUCCUUCGGAAGAAGUCGGUAUCGACGUGGAAGAGGAGAAGGAAUCAUUCGAUUCCCUUCCAACAUUCGAUAUUGUGCCAUUCUCGGACAAGGUUCAUCUAGAAGCUGUCAAUUGA